AGCAUCCAGAUCUCCCCCCGCGUCGUCGUCUUCCUUGCCGAUUCCGUCCGGGAUUUCAUGGCUUCAUUGUAUUUUUGUCGCUAUUCCGUCGAUUGUGUCCACCAUGGCGAACGAGCGCUUGUGGGAGCUUUUGGGGUGGGAAGCGGAGGGAAUUUGAGGGAGAAUUUUGAGGAAAUCCGGGGGCGAGUGGACAGUUGAAGUUGUUGGCGAUGGAGUUUGUGGGUUGGACAGGUUUGUGAUGCGGUGCGCGUGGGAAAGAAUGGGGCCGUGGUUCGAGGAGAAGCGUGAGGUUGCAUCGGAGAGUACGUGAACGAGAGUGAAGGGACGAUUAGGGUUUCGAGGAGAAGGGGGGGAGGGGAAGCUGUCGAAGAAAGUAAUGGCGAUGACAUCGACGCCUGCUGUACAAAAGCUGUACGACGUGUGUAAAAAAGUUUUCACGCCGGCUAGUGUGCCCUUGGAAGCGCAGGUUGCGAAAGUCCGCGCCGUGCUUGAUUCUAUCAAGCCACAAGACCUUGGGCUGGGUACCAUCGAUCAGCACAACCGAGGUCUUGGCGAUGAUGGUAAAGAGAAGUGCCGGCCAAUACUCUCUAGAUAUGUACCCGUAAUCAGUUAUCUUCAUCUAUACGAGUGCGACCUUUUCUCAAUGGGGGUUUUUGUUCUUCCUGCAUCAGCUAGCAUACCACUUCACAAUCAUCCAGGCAUGACCGUGCUCAGUCGCUUGCUCUAUGGAAGCAUGCACGUCAGGGCCUAUGACUGGGUAGAUCCUCAUGAUGAGAAGCUGAACAGGAACCCAUCAAUAGCCCGGCAAGCGAAAUUGGUGAUAGAUCACGUGCUUGGAACAGAGCCAAAUGGGACAGAGCCACAACAAACUUCUGCAACUGAAGUACUUUAUCCGACGUCAGGCGGCAAUAUUCAUGCAUUUACUGCCCUUACGUCAUGUGCUGUGCUGGAUGUGCUAGCUCCGCCAUAUGCUCCAGCAACUGGCCGACAUUGUACAUACUACCGUAUCACUUCACAUGAAGGAGAAGUCGAAGCAAGCGACCAGCCUGGCUCUAUUGAGUGGCUUGAAGAAUUUCAUCCACCUGAUGACUUCGUUGUCCAAAGAGGUAUUUACAGAGGACCCAGAAUCAUUCCAAGCCGUAAUUAAAAUUCUACACCACCUUCUGACUUGUCGUAUGAUCGAGGCGAAUUCGCUCUUCCUGCAAUUUCUACCCGUUGAGCGGCCGGAGAGUUUGUCACUCAUUGCAGUGGGAAACUACCGCACUCAAAUGUGGAGUUGCCAUUCUAGAGAAUCUCUGAGAUAAGUAUCUGUGUGCCUGCAUGAACGUAUCCACUUUAGAAGGCUUAAGUGGGCAUGCAUUUAGAAUGAGCUUGAACAAAUACUUGUAUUGUAAACCGUUGAUGAAUUUGAAGUCGUCGAGUCCCAACUGGUAUUGGACCUCGUCUUCAUAAUCAUUCAAGAGUUUUAAUGGCUAGGUCUCACUGAUCAAUAUUAUGUUUUCAAUUAGCAAACCUGCA